UUUGGUUAACUAAAAAUCAGAAAGAUCGUCUUCCCUCCUUGACACGGAAUAUUUAGUCCAUCUCAAGAGGAUCUCGUUUAGGAACUCAAUUAUUUGACAGUUCAUCUUGAUUUUGCAUCGUGGAGGACAUUGAUGAUAUCAUGGAUGGUGUUACAGAGGCCCUGAGGAAGCUCCAAGUAGACUGUGACAGCUCUACCACUAAUGGAUGUCUAGACUGUUUGCUUGAGGCACUGCAGGAAGAUGCUCUUGGUGCAACUACUGAGAUGGUACAGAAUGGUGGGGUACAAUGUCUUCGAGAUAUCCUCUCUAGAUCUGAAUCAGCUCCCCCUAAUCUCCUUGCCAACGCUGCCAAGAUUGUAGCGGAAAUGGCCAAGCAUGAAGAGAUUCGAGAGCCAUUUGUUGAGGGAAAUAUUGUACUGCCUCUGUGUUCGUGUUUGUUAAGGAAGAACUAUGAUGUAUUGGUACAGGCUUGUAGAGCACUUGGCAAUCUCUGCUGUGACUGUGACAAGGCCAGGGAAGCCCUCUUUCAGGGAGGAGGUCUUGAUAAUUUGAUGAAACUCCUGGAGGAAAGACUAUCAGUCCCUGAAGAAAAUGCUGAAAACCAAGCACUAUGGAAUGCAGCAUGUGGAUGUUUAAUGAACCUUACAUAUGAUAGAUUGGAUGUACAGAAGAAGGCUAUAUCCCUGGGAGCCAUUGAUCUAUUGAUUACACUACUGAAGAGAAAUGAGGCAGACAUUGGCCUCUGUGGCACAGCUAUAAUGUGCUUUGGCAAUCUUGCAGAACCAGCUGAUACCCGUGCAGCCUUUGUCGGUACAGAGGCAGCCAAGUGUAUGGUGCAUGCUAUCAAGAAAGUAACAGGCGACGAUCAGCUAGAAGGUAUACUGGAAAUCAUUGCUUCACUCGUAGAAAAUGAUGAUAUGAAGCUGGAUUUUGCCAAGUCUGGUAUUAUAGACACAUUAUUAGAUAUGUUGAAUGCUCGAACUGCUACUUGGACGUCAGAAAGCGCUCCAAAGAUAGAAGAAUUUGAUGCAGUCAGGGUUUCAAUCGAUCUUCUGGUUUUACUUCUCACUGGAGACGAGUGUAUGGCAUAUAUAUUCCAAGAGGGCGAAGGAUCGUUCUUUAGGAAUGUCGUAGAUACAUGGAUGACGUCACAAAUAGAAUACUUCCGCAUAUCUGCUGCCCUCGCUAUAGGAAACUUUGCUCGUAAUGAUUUGAACUGUAUAAAGCUAGUAUCAAGUGGGAUCGUUCCUCAGCUGCUUAGACUUCUCAAGCCAUAUGAAGGAAAGGAGGUGGAUACAAGACUGACCCAUGCUGUACUCAGUGCUCUUAGAAACCUUGCCAUUCCAAAGGUAAACAAGUCUAUAAUGCUAAGCUGCAAUACAUUGGAUGAGAUUCUACCACUACUUAAAUCAGAGAUGCUGUUUGUACAAUUCAAACUCCUUGGAACGGCCAGAAUGUUGGUUGACAGUAUGGCCGAGACAGCAGUAGAUUUAGGUCAAAGGUCAGAGUUCAUCCAAAGGGUCGUGGAGCUUUGUGCCUGUGAAAUACACCCUGGGGUCAGUGGAGAGGCAACAAGACUCCUAGCAUCAUUGAUCAAGCAUUCAGGCUCAGCCAGAGUGAUGGAAACCAUCGUCCAGCAUGGUGGCUUACCACGUCUGGUUGCUAUGGCAACGUCAGAACACCCUCUGAUGCAGAACGAGGCCCUUGUCGCCCUUACUCUGAUAGCUGCAUCCCAUCUUGAAUCGUCCGAGUCAGCUUUACUGGAAUCUAAAUUAUUGUCGACAAUCAAAAGUCUACUUCAGGAGACUGCUUACUCAGUAGAGGUCCAAUGUAAUGUCCUGACGUUAGCUGGUUUCCUUACUCAAUCAGCGAUACUAAAGCAAGCUAUGGUGGAUCAGCAGCUACCCGACACCAUCGAGACCCUGAAGCGAAGCAAGGAAGAGCCUCUUAGUACCAAAGCAACAAGCAUCAGCCAACACUUUACCUGAAGGUUCCAACUUCAUUCACAGAUCAUGUACUUAAGGGCUUCAAGCCACCGAUGUUGAUUCGAGUCAAGGUCAAAGGUCAUAUGCAUUACAUUGCCAUGGCGAUGACAUUGAUGCAAUCAUGCCUCGUCAAAGAGAAGUAUGGUACUAUUUAUUAAGAAAGGGUGAAGGCCGUUGCCCGGUAUGUGCAAUAGUUACUGAUGUCAACAGUAUAAAUGGAUAUGGCUAUAUGCAAAAUAAGAGUAAGCAAGAAUUUAUACAUGCACUUGUAGAAAGAAUGCACUUUUAUAUAAGAUCAUGCAAAAGCGGACAUACAAUAGAUGUUGUAAGAAGAGGAAGCUAAGGUAAGAAAUGUGUUGCGAGAAAGAAAUUUAUUUACGGAAUCGCUGUUGGAAUGGACCAAAAGGAAAAGACUUGCCAGAAGUGUUUAUUUGAUGGAAUUGUUACAUAAAAUGAGCAUGUCCGAGUUUACAAGGUUGGUUAUGCAUGGAAAAUGUAUCACAGUAUUUGAACAUUUAUACCAGAUAUCACAAUAUUAUUAAUGUUCUGUCAUGGUUCCUUUUUAUAUAGUGUAUGUAUUACCAAAGAGUCUUGUCUAUGGUGCAUUCCUGCUCUAUAUCUUAUGCCCAUGUAUGUAUUCGUUAAUCAGAAUAUAAGUGUUUCGUGUUGUCCUCCUGCCGUUACGCAAAUGUAUGUCAAGUGAAUACCGAUAUCGUCUUUUGUAUCACUCAGCCACCAAUGCUACUCCCUGCACACAUUUUUACCAUAUCCAUGGACAAGAAUCAUUGUUUAAACUUUAUGUUGGCCAUUUCUGAACUAAUUUUGCUCAAAUGAAGGAUUACAAGAUUUUCAAAUGCAGCUUGUUCAUUGGCAUGCAAGAUUGAAAAUUCAAGUCCCAAUCCAAAAUGCAGGUCACUUCGUUUUAAAAUGACAAAUCAUUUGAUAAUUUAUUAUAGAGAAGUAGUAAUAUACAUGAAAAUUUAGAGGUCCCCGGAUCUUCUGAACAGUUAUAUUGAGGCAGAGGGGAGAAAUUCAAAGAAUAAGGAAGUAUGUUUGAAAUCUUGUGGUGCUCUUGUUAUUUGUCCUUUCAAGGAAACAACAUUCCUCACAUUGUAUAGAGGAAGAAUUCUUUCAUAAUUUGUAAACCACAUGUACCUGACUUUAUUUGAGAUGGCUUAUUCCAAGUGAGUU